GGGAUUACCGAUCACACGUUCAAGCAAGGCCUUAAGGAAACUCAGGGACAUACCCAGUGAGGGCCGCCAUGCAGACGUAAAGUCAGUGAGCUGUCUAGGGAGCCCGCCGGCAGUUGGUGUCACUGUGACGUGCAUUUGCAGGACCCCUUGCGGGGAUUGGAUUGCGUGGAACCUUUCAUGCUCCGCUCCAAUGACACACUUUACUCUUUUGAGAGCUUCAGUUCAGCGACAAUCAACGCCCUCCCUCGGCCCAGAACAUCUGCCAUCUCGUGGCCACCAGCAGCGUCAGCCGCUGUUCAGCAGCCCUGAGCCAUGGGCCACAACGGCGUGCCCCGUUUGGUCGUCUACCAUCAGACCACACACGACCCCAGUGGCAACCUCAUCUCCAUCCUGCCUCUCAUCACCAGGCCAGGCGUGUCCGUCUCCCACCUGAUCAUCGCAGCCAUCCACAUCAACGAGGACCCAGAUGGUCUCACGCUCAACGACCAUCCCCCAGCCCACCCACGGUUCGCAUCGACCUGGGCCGAGCUGCGCGUCGCCCAGGCCAGCGGCAUCAAGGUUCUCGGUAUGCUUGGCGGCGCCGCCAAGGGCUCCUACACGCGCCUCGACAAGGCCGAGGCCACCUUUGAGACCUACUACCAGCCCCUUUACGCCAUGAUCAAGGAGCGCGGCCUCGACGGCCUCGAUCUUGACGUCGAGGAGCCAAUGUCGCUCGCCGGCAUCAUCCGCCUGAUCGACCGUCUCCGUGCAGACUUUGGCCCAGUGUUCCUAAUCACCCUCGCGCCCGUCGCGGCCGCUCUGCUGGACUCUCGUCGCAACCUGAGCGGCUUCGAUUAUGAGGCCCUCGAGGUCAUGCGUGGAAAGCAGAUUGCCUGGUACAACGCACAGUUCUACUGUGGCUGGGGCGACGCGAGCACGCCAGUCAUGUACCAGAUGUGUCUUGCUCGUGGCUGGAUGCCGGAGAAGGUUGUCAUGGGACUGGUCACGACGCCUGCGAAUGGAGCUGGCUGGGUCCCUUUCGAGCUAUUGGGUUCCAGUCUCCAACUGAUCAAGCGGUCCAUCCCAAACUUUGGUGGCGUGAUGGGCUGGGAGUAUUUCAACAGCAAGCCAGGAGACACAGCCAGGCCCUGGGAAUGGGCGGAGCGAAUGACGGGCUUCCUCGAUCGGACGAAGCAAAUAUCUGUGGAGCUGCCAGGUUCCAAGCCUGUCCAAGCUGAGUUGGAUCCUGACAAAGAAGAAGGUGCUGAGCCAGAGGCUCCCAAUGCUUUUGACUAUCACUCAGACGGACUCGAGGAUGAACAAUGACAUCAAGUUCGGAAUGUGCCGUUGACUCGUAGUCCGGCCAGACGGUCGUACAGACGUCAAAUUUGGGCAUGGCUUAUAGUACAAAAGCGGAACUACUCAAAACUAGAUUCCAAUUCAAGAUGAUUAUAUUCUGUCGUAGUGCGG